AUGCGGAGACGCCUGAGAGACGUCCGUUCCAAACCACAAGAUCGUUCGCCUCAGCUGAGCCGCCAUCGCAAUAAGAUUGAAGUACAACCAGUCAAGCAGACCACUGGGAAUCACGACAUAGCGGAACAGGACAUGGCGGAACAGGACAUGGCGGAACAGGACAAGGCGGACAGAUAUCAGGACAAGGGAGACCAGAACAAGGACCCAGCACCAAUAGUGAGCUCGGAUCAAAACGAGCAGAACUUGAAGAAGCGGGAUUUGAGCGAGCAGAACUUGAACGAACGAGAUCAGAAGGAGCAGGAAGUAAAGGAGCGAGAUCUUAAAAACGGGGCUGAUGGCAUAGUCGCAGGAUGUAUUGUGGGACGCGACAAUGUCGGGGAUCCAAGUCAUGGUCAGAAAGGUGAUGGAUGCCUGUGGAAACCACAAGAAGGACUGGCCACUCAGAAUAGGACUGAAAGGGGAGGACCAAUCGGCCGUGAAUAUAAGGCAGGCGGAAAAAGGUACUCAAUACGAGGAGGCAUGGCUAAGCGGAAGGAAAAAGAAGGACAGUGA